AGAGCAAAGCUGCCGUCCUCCAGGCCCGCGGACCACCUGAUCCUCGAGAGACAGAAACAGGACGCAGCCCGAGACCAGGUCCUGGAGUUCACCCGGUACCAGCAGACCUGGGACAUCAAGAACUCGUGGCUGAAGAGUUCAGACGGUCGUUACCUGAGAGGAACCAUCGAGAGACGAGUCCGAGACGCUCUGGACCAACAGGAAGUCCACAUCCAGGAGAGGAGAGACAGGCUGCGGGUGCUGCUGGAGGAGGAGGAGCAGCAGCUCCUGCAGGAGAUGGAGGAGAGGACGGAGACGUCGGUGGAGAGACAGGCGAAGAUGAGAGAGCGAGCUAAAGCCCUGAGAGAGCGGAGAGAGAGAGACAGGCAGCAGCUGGUGUCAGACAGACUGGAGCAGCUCUUCAGGGAGCAGUGUGAGGAGCUACGGACCGUCCAGAUGCGGCGUCAGGAGCAGCAGGUGUGCGCCGAGCGAGCCGCUCAGGUGAGCGGACGACAGGAGCGGCUGCAGCUGCAGCAGCGGGAGGACGAGACGUUCGACCGACUGUGGGAGGCCGACCGACGGGCCAAAGAACAGCGAGAGGCGGAGAGAGUGCAGAGGAAGCAGCAGAGCGACAGACAGCAGCUGGACUUCAUCAGGACUCAGAUAGACACAGCGGAGCAGCAGAGACAGCAGCAGAGACAGCUGAGACAGGAGGAGGCCACACUCAUG